AUGAUCUCAACCGGGCUUGGCACCCCGGGCCGGGCCGUGGUGGUUAACUUGCAUCCGGCAGAGCCGGUGCAGCAUCAUGGGGCUGAGGACACAGCGACGAAGAUGACCUGUGCCGAAGAUCCUUCUCUAGAGGCCCCUCUGCCGCGGAAGGAUGAGAAAAACACCCAGGGUCUCAUGGUCAUUGACCUGGCCCUUGAGUUGCACAGACGAGCAAAGGACUUUGCCAUGGCGGGUGAUACCCUCCGGGCAAAGGCGCUCGUUGAAAGUAGUAUCGACCAGCUUGUCACCGCCAAAGGCCUGGUGCCGGGUGGGCGGAUCCUCCAGCUGCUCGAUGGACUGCUCGAGGCUUGGCACACGGAGGGCAUCGUCCUGCAGGCCGAGGACCACGACACCGUCGCGGAGCUCGAGAGCUGCGUGGCAGAUGCGCUUCGCAAGGUCGCGAAAGCACCGGUAGUAGCGGCAGCAGCAGCAAAGCUAGUCCUGGGAGGCUGCGGUACCACACCGAGCACAGCCUCCGAUGCAACAACUGCACGAGGCGACUGCAUUCCGAUUGAUCCGAAGAGCGGUGGCCUUCUCAACGCGGCGGCUGCAGCAGCAGAAGCAAGGGUGGUGGAUGAUGGUGCCAGUGGUGUGGAUUGGGAUGCAGGCAGUAGCCGCAUUUCCUCCCAGCAGCCUACGCCUGUGGGUUCACCAGAGCCUCGGAGUCCACCCUCUGAGUUGGAGGUGGCAAUGGAGCCUGCAAAGAACCUCCCGCCGAGCAGCAGCCGCAUAGAGGAUCCUCCCAAAGUAGAGGUGCAACAUCUGCAGCCUGUGGAGGAGCCGAUCCUCUUUGAUCGAACUCCAGGAGGGGGAGCGGCGCUGGUUCCCGCCGGCAUGCCUUCAGAGGUGGUCGCAGCACAGGCAAAGCGCGGAGUUAGUGCAAAGAGGUGGCCGAAGCGUUGGCUCUUUGGCCUCUGCUGGAGCAAACACACGGCGCCUGGAGAACCUUCCACGCAGAGGUGUCAACUCCGCCUUGCACGAGACUUCCACCGAGGGGAUCUCAUCGGUGCCGGCAGCUACGGCUGUGUCUUCGCUGCUCGGCGGAAGACGACGGGGGAGAUCAUGGCGGUCAAGGAGAUGCUCUUGGACCGGGCUGGGAUCACCAAAGAAGAGCGCAGCGAGCGGCUCGUGAAGCUGACCCGCGAGCUGCGGCUCUGCGAGCAGCUGGAGCACCCCUUCAUCGUGAGCUACUUUGGCCACGAGUUCGUCAUGGGAGCUCAGGGCGGCCCCGAGAAGUUGCACCUGUUCCUUGAGUACUGCAGUGGCGGAAGCCUCGCUGCGCAGCUCCGUACCUACGGGCCCGUCAGUGAGGAGUUGCUCAGGAAAUACACGCAACAGCUGGUCGGUGGCCUGAUGUAUCUGCACUCUCGGAGCCCACCCGUCGUCCACUGCGACCUGAAAUGCGCCAACGUGUUGCUAACGCACAGCGGGGACGUUAAGAUCGCAGACUUCGGCUGCUCCAGGUGGAUUCAACCUGGCGAAGCUGUCUUGGAGAACUCCGUUGCGGGCUCUGUCUUCUGGAUGGCACCCGAACUUUUUCGAGGGCGCGGCAAGCUGACGACUACCUCGGAUAUCUGGUCCCUGGGCUGCUGUGUGUUGGAGAUGGCCACUGGCAGUCCUCCUUGGUUCGAAAAGCGUUUCGACAAUAUCCUCCAGGCUUGCCAUGUCAUCGCGAACUCGGAAGAGUUGCCGGCCAUACCGGCAGAACUCUCCAAGCAGGCCUCCAUGUUGAUCUGCGUUUGCUUAAAGCGGAACCCGCAAGAGCGGCCAACGGCGAUUGAGCUGAACAAAAGCAAGAUGUUGCGUGCCUGA